AUGCCGCCCGAAGAGAACAAUUCAAAUCCCGAAUUUUUUUCGAAAGAAACCUACAUGUACCUAAAAGUUCUACCAGAAUUCGCCCUUUUACAAAAAGAACUAGGCUGUAAAACCCGUUUCGACGGCUACGCCAACUGCAUAGCAGCCGGCGAAGAAAACCUGGACGAAUUCGUCCUGAUGGAAGAUUUACGAUCCCAAGGCUUUCUCAUGUUCGAUCGACACCAGAAACUGGAUCUUAACCACGUGGCUCUGGUUAUGCAGGAACUGGGUAAAUAUCAUGCUCUAAGCUUUGCCAUGAAGGACCAGAAACCGGAGUUGUUCAAGAAGUUGGCGGAUUUUAAAGAUGUGUUUUUCGACGGUGUUCUGAAUGAGGGUUUUAAUACUUAUAUCAAUACUUUGGUGGAUAAGGCUCAGAAUACAUUAGAUGAAGAUGAUAAGUGCAGGCAGAAAUUGGAGCAGUUUCGGCAUUUGAGUACACUUGGCACGGAGUUGGUGAAGGGUGCAAAUGCUGAACCUUAUGCUGUUAUCAAUCAUGGUGAUUGUUGGAAUAAUAAUGUACUGUUUCGGUAUAUCGAAGGUAAUUCCCGUAAACCGUACGAAGUCCGCCUCCUCGACUGGCAGAUAUCUCGAUACUCGUCACCAGUCCUCGACCUGGUCUACUACAUAUUCUGCUGCACAGAGAAACAAUUAAGGAAACGACAUUACGAGACAUUCCUGCACAUCUACCACGGAUCCUUAUCUUCGUUCCUGCACGAAUUAGGAAGCGACCCAGAAAAAAUGUUCCCUUACCGAGCCCUGCAGGACCAGCUGAAGGAAUUCGGUAAAUUCGGCAUCCUGAUGAGCUUGAUGGUGAUCCAGGCCAUGGUUAUGCAACCUGAAGAGACUCCUGAUUUGGACGAGGUUGCCAGGAUCAUGGAGGAGGAUCCUGAGAAUAUGAAGUUUAUGGAUCCUUCUGCUGCCAGUGAAGUUAUUUAUAAGAGCAGGAUGAGGGAUAUUAUAAAGGAUAUGGAUAGGUUGGGGUAUAUAUAUCAUUCCGACAAUAAACAAUUAAGUGCUAAUGUCCUAAAAGCAGUCGACACUUUUGUAAAAUCCAACGGAUAUGUCGACCAUACUAUUAAUAUUACAGCGGGAUCAAAACGAGGUGACAAUUACGUCGGCAUAAUCCACAAACUAACACUCGACUGCACCAAAAAAGACGGCACCAAAGACCAGCGUCAUCUAAUAUGCAAAGUUCCACCCUCCAACGCCGCCCGAAGAGAACAAUUCAAAUCCCGAGAAUGUUUCCUACGCGAAAUCUAUACGUACACAAAAAUCCUACCAGAAUUCGCCCUUUUACAAAAAGAACUAGGCUGUAAAACUCGUUUCGACGGCUUCGCCAACUGCAUAGAAGCCGGCGAAGAAAACCUGGACGAAUUCGUCCUGAUGGAAGAUUUACGAUCCCAAGGCUUUCUCAUGUUCGAUCGUCAACAAAAACUAGACCUUAACCACGUCGCUCUGGUCAUGCAGGAACUGGGUAAAUAUCAUGCCUUGAGUUUCGCCAUGAAAGACCAGAAACCGGAGUCGUUCAAGAAGUUGGCGGAUUUGAGUGAUGUGUUCUUUGAUAAUUUUGUGAACAAACAAUUCGAUUUUUAUAUCAAUUCUGUGGUUGAUAAAGUGGUCAACGCUAUGGAAGAAGGUGAUAAGUGCAGACAGAAGUUGGAGAAGUUCAGGGAUUUUAUGACACUCGGAAAGGACUUGGCGAAGGGUGCUAAUGCUGAACCUUAUGCUGUUAUCAAUCAUGGCGAUUGUUGGAAUAAUAAUGUGCUGUUUCGGUAUAUCGAAGGUAAACCGUACGAAGUCCGUCUCCUCGACUGGCAGAUAUCUCGAUACUCGUCACCAGUCCUGGACCUGGUCUACUACAUAUUCUGCUGCACCGAGAAACAAUUACGGAAACGACAUUACGAAACAUUCCUGCACAUCUACCACGGAUCCUUAUCGUCGUUCCUGCACGAAUUAGGAAGCGACCCCGAGAAAAUGUUCCCUUACCGAGCCCUGCAGGACCAGCUGAAGGAAUUCGGUAAAUUCGGCAUCCUGAUGGGCAUGACUAUACUAAACGCGAUGAUUGCUAACCAGGAAGAUAUUCCUGAUAUGGACGAGGUUGCCGAGAUGAUGAAGAACGAUCCGGAUAAUAAAAAGUUUUUGGAACAGGCGAAGGUUAAUGAUGACAAGUUUAAUCGGAGGAUGAUCGAUAUUAUUCAUGAUAUGGACAGACUUGGUUAUAUAUAAAUUUAUACUUUGGCCUCGGGUUGUGUAGAGAUGACAUAGCCUCUGGUCUGUGCAAUAAUACUUAAAAAAUUUUUCCACAGUUUUGCAAAACAAAACUCUCAUUUU